AUGGCCGACUCCCAAGCAUCGACCCAAACUCAACUCUCACAGCCAGCUUCACAAGAGCUGUCAAGUCAAACUCUGCCAGAGAUAAUUCGCACCUACCGCCCAAUCAAGUCUUUCAGAGGAUCCAAGCCUGAUGCCUCGACCCAUGUGACUUCCUUGGACUUCGACGACUGCGGCGAAUUCCUUGUCGCAGCCGGCGAUGAUGAUGCAAUUCAGCUAUUUGAUAUCAAGGAAGGAAAACUCAAGAAGACAGUUCCAAGCAAAAAAUAUGGCGUUCACCUUGCGCGGUUCACCCACCACCAACGAUCGCUUCUCCAUGCGAGUACCAAAGUCGACCAUAACCUCCGGUUGCUGGACGUGCAAAAUGAAGGAUACGUUCGUUAUUUCAAUGGCCACACAGAUACUGUGACAAGUCUGGCACUGGCGCCCUCAGGGGACCAUUUUGUUUCUUCAGGCAAAGAUGAUACAGUUGCAGUCUGGGAUCUGCAAUCCCGGAACCCGCAGGGCAAGUUGAACCUCGCGACCCCAUACUUGGUGACGUUUGACCCUUCUGCGUCGGUCCUUGCCAUCGCCUCGCAGUCUACAUCCUCCGUCCUUCUCUACGAUUUCCGCAACUAUGAUAAAGCGCCCUUCUCAACUUUUGAUCUGGCUCCCUAUGAGGAAAUGUACACACCAAGUACUCGCGGACGUGCCUGGACCCGACUGGAGUUCUCGAACGAUGGAAAAUAUCUGAUGGUUGGAACGGAUUAUCAUGGCCACUUCAUAUUGGAUGCAUUUGAUGGCUCUAUCAAGGCUUUCCUUACUGGAAAGAGUAGUCCGACUGGCCGUGCUGCCCCGGUGUCUACGACAGGCAAACCCCGUGGCCAGGGUGAUGCAUGCUUCACACCCGAUGGCCGAUAUGUGAUUGGUGGCAAUGGCGACGGGCCAGACAUGCUCGUAUGGGAUAUGCAACAGAAGCCCGAGGCCAACAAUAUGCUUCCUCCUGUGGCCAAACUUCCCCACCGAAACCGAACAGCCGUUGUUGAGUACAAUCCAAAGUACAACAUGAUCGCGAGUGCCGAUCAGGACACUGUUUUCUGGCUUCCGGAUGAGCUGCCGAAGCCAUCAGAGAAAUAA